CCAGUUACGCGUGACAGGCCGGACGGACAUCCUCCCCUAUGGAGUUCGUGUAUCUGUGUCGCAAGCUCAGCAUCUCCUUCUUCCCCAGCUUUUCCCCUCCCCCUGUUUCUCUCUCUUUCUUUCUCCCAUUUUCCAAAUCCCAAUCCCUGUCUCUCUUCCAUCUUCUUCCAUCCAUCCUAUUGUAGAACAGGGCGGCGGCAUUGUUUUCUUUCUCCAUGGAUUCUCUCCGGCGAUCGUUCAAAUCCCACGGAUCCCACAAGCACUCCUCGUCACGGACCUUUUCCUCCUCCGACCAGGAGCAGCAGCCCAUCCUCUUGAAGGAGCCGCCCGACGACGGCGCCCGCCGGGAUGUCGUCGUCAAUGUGGACGGCACCCGCCGGGAUGUCGUCAUCAAGUUCGACGGCACCAGCCGCGACGUCUCCGACCAACCCUCCUCCAUCCCCACUACAGACAUGAACAACAACAGUAAUAAUAACAGCAAGGUCUGGAGGGAAUCUAGCUACGAAUUCUGGAAGGAACCCGGCGGCGGCCUCGGAUCGCGAGACGGCGGAGGCAGCGGCGCUGGAUUCAGCUUUCCGAACCAGCAGCGGCCGAUGACGGAGAUCAGCGAGGACCCGCCGUCGCGGCUUAUAGGCUCGUUCCUCCGCAAGCAGCAGGCCUCCGGCGUCGAUAUGGCCCUCGACAUGGACCUCGAGAUGGAGGAGCUCAAGAAGUCGUCCUCUAACGGCUCCAAGGACCGCGUCUCCUUCCCGAAGCACACCGCCGACCCCCCCUCCCGCCGCUCCUACCGCUCCCUCUCCUCCUCCGAAGACGACGAUGGCGCCGGCGGUGGCGGCCCCCGCCGCCUCAAGGCCUCCCCCGGACCCACCGCUAGCGAACCCGCCGCCGACGAGGUCCUCCGCUGCACCUCCAACGCCACCUUCGCCCCCUCCUCCACCCUCCUCCGCGUCAAGACCCGCUCCCGCCUCAUGGACCCGCCUCCCCCGGCGGCGGCGCCCCCCGCCGCCGCCGCCGCCGAAGACGACAAGAAGUCCGGCGGGCUCCCUCCGUCCGGCCGGCUCAAGUCCGGCCAGCUCAAGUCCGGCCAGCUUAAGUCCGGCAUCCUCAAGUCCGGCCUCGUCGGCAAGUCCCGGGAGGCCUACGAGGAGGACGAUGAGGACCCCUUCGUCGACGAGGACAUCCCCGACGAGUUCAAGCGCGCAAAAUUCGACUUCCUCACCAUCCUCCAGUGGGUGAGCCUUAUACUCAUCAUCGCCGCCCUCGCCUGCAGCCUCUCCAUCCCCGUCCUCGAGCGGCAGACUGUCUGGAGCCUCCACCUCUGGAAGUGGGAGCUCCUUGUCCUCGUGCUCAUCUGCGGCCGCCUCGUCUCCGGCUGGUUCAUUCGAAUUGUCGUCUUCUUCAUCGAGCGCAACUUCACCCUCCGCAAGCGUGUGCUCUACUUCGUCUACGGCGUCCGGAAAGCGGUGCAGAAUUGCCUCUGGCUAGGCCUCGUCCUCGUCUCCUGGCAGUACUUGCUUGACAAGAAGGUGGAGCGUGAGACGAACACCAAGAUGCUCCCCUAUGUCACCAAGGUGCUCUUCUGCUUCCUAGUUGCUUGUGUCUUUCGCCUUGUCAAGACGCUGCUUGUGAAGGUCCUGGCAUCGUCGUUCCAUGUGAGCACCUACUUCGACCGCAUUCAAGAGGCACUUUUCAAUCAGUAUGUGAUCGAGACGCUCUCCGGGCCGCCGCUUGUGGAGAUCCAGAACGCGCAGUAUGAGGAGGACCGGAUGAUGGCCGAGGUUGAGAAGCUCCAGAAUGCAGGCGCCACUUUACCGAGUGAGCUUCGGGCGGCUGCGAUGCCAAGCAAGAGUGGGCGGGUGAUUGGGAGUGGGGGCAGCAGCCAUGGGAGGAUGCGGAAGAGCAUGCAGAUGGGGAAGAGCAUCAGGGUCUCGGGACCGGUUUCUGGGAAAGAUGCCGGCCGGCAGCAGCAGGAGGAGGGGAUCACAAUUGACCAGCUCCACAAGCUCAACCAGAACAACAUUUCGGCUUGGAAUAUGAAGAGGCUGAUGAGGAUCGUGAGGAAUGGGACGCUAACGACGCUCGACGAGCAUGCAGCACAGGAAGGAGGAAUGGACGAAUCGGCAAUACAGAUACAGAGCGAGUAUGAGGCGAAGGCUGCUGCCAAGAAGAUCUUCAAUAAUGUGGCCAAGCGUGGCGAGAAGUAUAUCUAUUUGGAGGACCUUAUGCGAUUCAUGAGGGAAGAUGAAGCUCAGAAGACAAUGAGCUUUUUUGAAGGAGCUCAAGAAAAACAAAGGGUUAGCAGGAAGUCUCUCAAGAAUUGGGUGAUUAAUGCAUUCAGAGAACGCAGAGCCCUUUCUUUGACACUGAAUGACACGAAAACUGCAGUGAACAAACUCCACCAAAUGGCAAACAUAAUUGUGGGCAUCAUCGUAUUUGCUCUCUGGCUACUUAUUCUGGGCGUUGCAACCACCCAUUUCUUUUAUCUCAUUAGUUCUCAGGUUUUAUUGGCGGUAUUUGUUUUUGGUAACACUUUGAAGACAGUCUUUGAAGCUAUCAUUUUCUUGUUUGUGAUGCACCCCUUUGAUGUUGGUGAUCGUUGUGAAGUGGAUGGUGUCCAGUUGAUUGUUGAGGAGAUGAAUAUAUUGACAACAAUUUUUCUGAGGUAUGACAACCAGAAGAUAAUUUAUCCGAACAGUGUACUGGCUACCAAAUUCAUUGGCAAUUUCUAUCGAAGCCCAGAUAUGGGGGAGGCAAUUGACUUCUGUGUUCAUGUUGCAACUCCGGUGGAGAAACUCGCUAUAAUGAGGGAAAGGAUAAUAGGAUACAUGGUGAACAAGAAGGAACACUGGUACGAUGAUCCUUCAGUUGUUCUCAGGGAUGUGGAUGACAUGAACAGAUUGAGAAUAUCAAUCUGGAUGCGUCAACGCAUGAAUUUUCAGGAUAUGGGGCUCAGGUGGGCAAGGAGAGAGCUUGUGCUUCAGGAGUUGAUCAGAAUCUUGAGAGAACUUGACAUCGAGUACCGGAUGUUGCCUUUUGAUGUGAAUGUCCGAGGCAUGCCUGCUGUUACCUCGACGCGCCUACCAUCCAGUUGGUCGACUUUCAACUGAUCCUGUGACUGAGAUUGUUGAUCUCUGACUUAGAUAUGAUCCAAACAGGGGAAGGAUUACGGCGACCGAAGAGGGGCUUGAGUAGGUGAUGUAUUUCACCACUCUAGCACGCGGCUUUUGCUUCUUGCUUUUCCUUCUCCCGUAAGUUCUGGUAUCACAUGUUUAAUAAGCACUAAAAAAGUCUGUGGAUCAGCCUAUGUACAUGAAGAGCUAUUAAAUAUGAUGAGCUUGUUAUUUGUAAUUGUAGUCUUAGCUGCAACCUCAAGUGUUUAAUGUGUUUAUAAACAUUUUUAUCACUUAUGGUAAUCUCAAUAGUAGCAAACACAACAUAUGAUGUGUUAGUUUUGACAUUGUG